AUGUCCGACUCCUUCCCACUUCCCCUGCGCCCGCUUCUCGAGAAGCGCGAACGGCCGGACACUCUCCCCCAGGAAAUCGCCCAGAUCAACGCCCAGUACGGAUCCUUCCGCGAUGUCACCGAAGAGAGCCUGCGGGCCAAAAUCGCAGAGGAGAAGAACAAGGACCCGUGGGCGGAGGAGGACGAAGCCGAGAAGCCCACCGCCGAGGUCGACACCACGGAGCGAAUGGACCAGCUGUACAAGCGCCGCGCCGAGAUCACACAAUUCGCCAUGCAGGCGCACAUGGAAGCCCUGUUUGCCCUCGACUUCGUCUCGCUGCUCCUCUCGAAACACACCCCCCGACAAGCGGAGCUCUCCAUGUCCGCCUACCUGAAACAGGUUGCGCCGCUGGGUUCGCUGAACGCCGAGAUCGUGAGCCCCCCGCCCAAGUCGGAGGCCGCGCUGCAGGACAUCAAGACGGUGUCGCGGGGCUGGAGAAUCCAGAACUUCAAUGCGGCCGCCAGCAAGCUGCUCCGGUCUGCGACCCGGCUGGAGACUGAGGUUGCGUCGGAAACAAAAUACUGGGAGGAAGUGCUGGCGGUGAAGAACAAGGGGUGGAAGGUCUGCCGUCUGCCCCGGGAUAGGCAGGCUCUAGGGGUGCAGUACGGGUUCCUUGAAGCUACGCCGAUUUUCCGCGACCGAGGCCUGGCGGCUUUGCGGCGAGCCGACGACGGAAGCCUACUGUUGGACAAGGGAUUGAUUCCCCAGAAAGUCCGGACGGUCCGCGUGCGGGUUAAGACGCAGGGACAAUUUACUGGGUGUUCGAAGGUGUCUUGGUCUUUACCGGAUGCAGACUCGAUCGAGGGCCGGAUUUUACAAGCGCGCGACACGGUCUACGAGGAAGAGCUGUUUCAUGAGAUGGUACGCGAGGCUCGCAUCAUGGGCAGUCAGGGCGUGACGACGCGUCAGAACCUCGUGCAGGUUCCCGUUUCGGAAGAGCAGGAGGUUCUGCUGGAUCUGGUGGAUGUCGACCAGGGCGAACCGGCAGAUACAGAGGUGCUUUCGAACGAACACGACACCCUGGCGGAUGCAGUAGCGCACUCGAUCCGCAUCCUACUGGCUUACGCCCACCGACAGAAUCUACGACGCAGGACACAGCCGCCGCCCCCUCUGACUCCAAAACGACGGCAUGUUCCCGAGUACCAGCUGCUGCGUCCGGUGAUGGCAUACCUUCAACACACCGCGCAUGUGCGGUCUCUGGAGUCUUUUAUGGGUGACAUCGUUAGGGUGCUGAAGGCUGCCGGACUUCGUUGCGGCUUCACUUCCGCCCCCUUUUCGUCUGUGAGAUUGCCCACAGUGCACGCUUCCGUGCCCAAAGUGGAGACUUUGGUCAAACAGUUCUUGAUGCCAUUCGAGUCUACGUUCACCGGCAACCUCCUCACCCCCGAAAGCUCCUUCUGCGUCAAAGUCCGGACCAACACCGUCUCCCCGCCAUCAGGCACCUAUUUUGAAAUCACGGUGAACCUGCCGCAUCACCCCGAGGUCAAGCCCCCCAGUCGCAUUGGACUGCAAGCCGAAGCAGCAGCCGCCCUCGCCCAUUUCAUGCUGCUCGAUAUUGUGACCACCAUCUCAAGCAAAGGGGCGAAAUCGCCGGGAGGCAACGAUGCGGGCAAGGGCGUGCUGAGCUGGGAAGCGGCGUACGCGCAUCAUGGCGAGCUCCGGGCUCUCUCCAGCUUGGGAAACAAUAAGAAGAUGAAAGUCAGUCUGUCGCGGGAAGAGUUGACUGUCGAAACCUACCCAUUGCGCGGGGUGGAUGUAUCUGGCCGAGCAGAGAAGGGCAAGUCCGCAAAUUCGCGCGCUCAGAGUUGGAGGGCUGAUUCUAGUGAAUCACGACCAAGUCUGAUGGAGUUUGUGGAGGAGGUGUCGCAAGAUCGGCCUUGA